AUGGGGUUAGGUCUGAGGAAGGAUGUCGGGGGUAUGGGGUUAGGUCUGAGGAAGGAUGUCGGGGGUAUGGGGUUAGGAGGUCUGAGGAAGGAUGUCAGGGGUAUGGGGUUAGGAGGUGUGAGGAAGGAUGUCAGGGGUAUGGGGUUAGGAGGUGUGAGGAAGGAUGUCAGGGGUAUGGGGUUAGGAGGUGUGAGGAAGGAUGUCGGGGGUAUGGGGUUAGGUCUGAGGAAGGAUGUCAGGGGUAUGGGGUUAGGUCUGAGGAAGGAUGUCAGGGGUAUGGGGUUAGGAGGUGUGAGGAAGGAUGUCAGGGGUAUGGGGUUAGGAGGUCUGAGGAAGGAUGUCAGGGGUAUGGGGUUAGGAGGUCUGAGGAAGGAUGUCAGGGGUAUGGGGUUAGGAGGUGUGAGGAAGGAUGUCAGGGGUAUGGGGUUAGGAGGUCUGAGGAAGGAUGUCAGGGGUAUGGGGUUAGGAGGUGUGAGGAAGGAUGUCAGGGGUAUGGGGUUAGGAGGUGUGAGGAAGGAUGUCAGGGGUAUGGGGUUAGGAGGUCAGAGGAAGGAUGUCAGGGGUAUGGGGUUAGGAGGUCUGAGGAAGGAUGUCAGGGGUAUGGGGUUAGGUGUGAGGAAGGUUGUCAGGGGUAUGGGGUUAGGAGGUGUGAGGAAGGAUGUCAGGGGUAUGGGGUUAGGAGGUCUGAGGAAGGAUGUCAGGGGUAUGGGGUUAGGAGGUCUGAGGAAGGAUGUCAGGGGUAUGGGGUUAGGAGGUCUGAGGAAGGAUGUCAGGGGUAUGGGGUUAGGAGGUCUGAGGAAGGAUGUCAGGGGUAUGGGUUAG